GAAUAAUAUGCCACUGCCACUCUCUGUAGGAUUAAAAACGCCAAACCCUAAUUCUCACUUUCUCUCUCUUCCUCUUUCUCUUCCUCUGCUCUUUCCCUAAUUCAAUCUUACAAUCUUAAUUCAGUUUAUACUGGAGAUUUAAUUAUGUUGUUUUUGAAUAAGUAGAAUCGAAAACGAAGAUUAGUGAAUUGAUUCAGUUGAUUGAUUGAUUGAUUGUUUGAUUUGAUUUGAUAUGGAGAGUAACUCGGGAGGAAAUGAUGUAGAGUUGAUGUGCAAGACGCUUCAAGUCGAACACAAACUAUUUUAUUUCGAUCUUAAGGAAAAUCCAAGGGGUCGUUACCUUAAAAUUUCUGAAAAGACUUCUGCUACUAGGUCUACUAUUAUUGUUCCUUCUAAUGGAGUUUCUUGGUUUUUAGAUCUCUUCAAUUAUUAUGUUAAUUCUGAAGAACAAGAUAGUUUUAGCAAAGAAUUGCAGCUUGAUGCUAAGGUGUUUUACUUCGAUGUCGGCGAGAAUCGAAGAGGUCGCUUUUUGAAGGUAUCCGAAGCUUCCAUGAGUAGAAACCGCAGUACUAUUAUCAUUCCCGCUGGAAGCACAAGAGACGAAGGAUGGGCUGCAUUCCGUAACAUCUUGGCUGAGAUAAAUGAAGCACUAGUUUUCAUCAUGUCUAAUCAGCAAAAUUCUGAAGCUUCAGAACGCCUUGUUGGUCUCUCUGACGAUGUUGGUGCUGGCUUUAUAGCUGGGCAUAGCACUCAAUCUACUCCUUCAGAAAUUCCUGUGGACAGGUCUGCUGAUCUCCCUGCUCAGGAUGAAAUUAAUAACAACUUGGGAGCCUCCUCUAAAGUUAUCAGAGUUGACCAGAAGAGGUUUUUCUUUGACCUCGGUAGCAAUAACAGGGGACACUUUCUAAGGAUAUCCGAGGUAACUGGUCCUGAUCGUUCAUCCAUCAUUCUUCCGUUAUCUGGAUUAAAACAAUUCCAUGAAAUGGUGACACAUUUUGUGGAGAUUAGUAAAGACAAAAUCGAGGGAAUGGCUAGUGCAAACGUACGGACAGUGGAUCCUCCUCAAAGAUAAAUCGCUUACAUCUCAGAAGUGAAUUAUUUGAUUUGGAUUUGAGAAUGUCAAUGAAUCCUUAUCAUUCUCGAUUUACAGUGAUGAAGUAGUAGUCGUGAAUUCGUAUUCAGAUGUUCAGUUACAUUUUUUGUCUUUCUUUUUCCCUGUUGUAUUGAGCUGAGCUGAGCUAUAUUUAAGCCUGACAAUAAUAUUUGUUUGAUUAAUGCACUAAGGGAAGAAUAUUUGGUUUUAGUCACAAUGGAAUAACAAAAAUGUCUGUGACUUUGUUAAUGUCAAAAUCUGUUAUGUCCC